AUGUUUGUUAGCCCAAGUCGCUCGAGUUCAAGUGGGACAGCUCUUGUAGCUGCCCUUACAGUGUUCCACAACGGAACCCCAGCCUUAGCUAAUACAGCCGGUCACCGUGCUCUUCACGUUGAGUUACUGCCUAGAUCAGAGAAAGCACCCAAGAUGAAGCCACUUAAGGUGAAAGUUGCCGUACCUUGCGUACCGUCUGACUUGAAGAAUUUUAACAUUGCUAAGGACUGCAAUGCUAUCCAAAUAGUGCGCGGACCGUCGUCCUCAGAUCGUCGAGCGAUUGAAUUUGGUGCGUCUCUGCUCGGAGAGGUUUGGCGUCAGAUCCGUGAGGGUUCGGUCAUGAUAACAAGAGAGCAGCACGAGGCUUGUCAAAAAGUUUUGCAGGAUCUGGGUGCUAGUAUGUUCUCAGAAUGGGGCGAUGGUGCUGAAGAUAUGUGCUCAGCGGCCGCGAUACCUUUAUUCACUUGCGACGACCCAUUCACAUUACCCCGAGUGGAGGACACCUGGGCAGUUGUAAAAGCCAAGGAUUUAGUGGCCGACAGUUGGUCCGACUCUGCACAAACUUCGACGCGAUCGUGGUCUGAAUUGUUGUGCGCACUCGGUAAGAACAAGAUGGUGCUGGGAUUGGCAUUUGGAACGGCACUCGCUCUUGUCAUGAACAUGUCUCCGUUCUCAACGCCACAACCAGAAUCCAUAGUUCCGAGUAAAUAUUGUGGACCGAAUUACGUUCAAUACUUUGCGCGCCCGAGCGACAGAGCUUUCACACAAAUUUGUGAAGAUAGCACUGUGCUACUUGAAAACCGGUUGGCCAAAAACGGCUGUCGCCGCGAUCACAAGAGCACCUGCGCCUUUCUUGAGCCUCUUUGUAAGCGAUUCUGGGCGGCAAAUGGCAGGACGGAAUCCAUCUGGGACAGAGCUGUCCCGGGAAUUUCCAAGCAUGAGCGGUUUAACCACGUGUUCAUCGAAACCGAUGAACAAGGCAACUUCGACAAAGUGGCCUUGAGUGAGCUGCCACCGUCGUGUACCAGGUAA